AAAUUGUCCACCAACCUGAAUGUGUUUGUGGGAACAUGAAUGUUUUCAGUCUUUCUGCAUGAUGUGAAGCAGAUUUAGUGGAUCUGCCGUCAGCUUUAAAUCCAGAGCAUGAAAGCACACAGCAGCUUGAGCUGAGCUGUCAGUCAGCAGCAGCAGCAGCUUAUCUGUGGGCCGCUAACAGGGGCUGAUGGGAGCUUUGAGGACCUGAUAGAAAGCACGUGGCCCGGUCUGCUCUCACAGCUCGUCCCGGUUUGGCCUCAGCUGCAUCAGAGCUCCACUUGUGCUCAGCUUCUCCAGAGGAAACACCACUGCACAAGAUGCUUCUCCUCCCAGCUGCUGCUCUGUGCUGUCUGUGUUCAGGGCUGGUUGCCAUGGCAGCACAGCUGAUUCAGGACGAUCUGACUUUGACCAGGAGAGUCGGAGAAUCAGCCUCCUUCAGCUGUAAGACUGAUCAGUGUGGAACUUAUGUCUUCUGGUACCAGAAGAAAGAAUCAGAAACAUUCAGAGUGAUUCUUAGGAUUGAUAGGACUAAUGGUCAAAUAUAUUCAGGUUACAAUCAUCCUCAGAAAAAUGAUUUCUCAGCUGUGAAGAAACAGAACGGCGUUGAGUUGAAGCUAGAGAACGUUAAACUCCAGCAUUCAGCCUCCUACUACUGCAGCUGUUACAUAUCAGGCUUUUUCACUGUGGUCCUCAUCUUUGGUUCUGGAACUAAACUGUAUGUAACAGAUGAGCAGGUAGUGAAGCCCAUGGUGAGCGUCUACCCAGCAGCAUCCACAGUCCACCUGGAGGGGAAGAGCUCCCUGCUGUGUCUGGCCUCAGCCAUGUUUCCUCCUCUGGUCCGCUUCUCCUGGAAAAGACAGAAGGAGGACGAGCGGCUGGAGGAUGUGGACCCUGCUGAGGGAGAGCAGCUGGAGAUCAGAGAGCCGGGACGCAGCGCCUCCAUCUGGCUGAUCCAUCAGCAACAGGACGGCACAUAUAAAUACAGCUGCUACGUCCAGCACGAGGGAGGAACAGUGGAGGCCCAGACACAACAAGAGCUUCCUGAGCUUCAACAACCAACAGAUUCUCCAACGACCUCCGUUCCUUGUGAGAAAAAGCCAGCAGCCUCCGUUCCUUCUGAGUCUCAGGUGAAGCUGCUCUGUCUGCUGUCCACAGUGCUGAUAGUGAAGAGUCUGGUGUUCUGCUGUGGAAUCUCUCUGAUGAUGAUCCUCACAAACAAGGGACCGUCCACCAACUGCACACAUGCUGACUGACUGUUUGCUGCUGGACUUUUAUCACCAAUACGUCUCAUUGAUCUCUUUGAUCAGUGAUCAGAAAUGAUAACUUCGACGUGUUGUUCUUGGCUGUAAAAUGCUUCUCUUAACUCACAUGUUUGAUCGUCAUCCUGUAAACACAGAAAUUCACAAACAUAUUUUCAGUUUUGCAGCUUAAAUUCUGCAGGACAGCGUUGCUUUGAUAUUUUACUCUUGUAAUCUCUUGAUAAAAUUUCAUGUAAAGUGCAGCAGGUUGAUCAAUAAACACAAUAAACUCAAAUAAUUACAGUA